AUGAAACUUCUCGUCGCCCUGCUGGUUCUCAUUAGCCUUAACUUCGCCAAGUCAGAUGAUUUUGUACAAAUGCGAGCAAUUCGAUCUCCGCAGUACACGUCAUAUUCACAGCAUAGCUACUCAUAUUAUGGGCUAGGACCGAGACCUUACUAUAGAGGUGGCUGGAGCCAUUAUCACGGAGGAAUGGGAUCAGGAGGACUAGGAAUGGGACCAGGCGGACCAGGAAUGGGAGCAGGAAUGGGAGCAGGAAUGGGACCAGGAAUGGGAGCAGGAAUGAGACCAGGAAUGGGACCAGGUGGACCAGGAAUGGGAGCAGGAAUGGGAGCAGGAAUGGGAGCAGGAAUGGGACCAGGUGGACCAGGAAUGGGACCAGGUGGACCAGGAAUGGGAGGAAGCUCGACAGUCGUUAAAAAGACUGUUGUUAUCCAUAAUCAAAACUCAUAA